ACAAAAGCGCAAGCCAGCGCGCAGCGGCAGCAGUUGUGUGUGUCUCAUCGUCUGCUAUACUGAAUGCGAAGCCGUUUGGGGCAGCCAUGGCGUCCUACACGGCCGAUCAGAUCCAGAAGUUUCGUCAGAUCUUCCGAGAGCGCUCGGCGGAGGAGGGACUGCGACUGGAGGAGUUCGAGCCGGCGGCAGAGGCGUGUCUCCUGUCCGCUGGCCUCCCCCAGCCGCCUCCUCACUACCUCUCCUCCGAGUUCGGGAGACUCAGCACCACGGGAACCGUAUCCUGGCAGCAGUUCUUACAAGUGCUGAUCCACAGUAACCUGAACUACGUCCCCGGAGUGGGGUACAGAGAGGAUGCGGUGUCUCCGACUAGCUCCAGCAGCCACAUCCCUCUCCCCCCUCCGCCCUACCACACCCAGCAGCAGUCCUCAGGCCCCACCACCAAUGCCAGAACCACUGGCGGUGGUGGUGGUAUAGUACAGUCGUCCAGGAGCGUGGGGUUUGUGGACAGUCCCGAGGUGGUGACUGUAGUGGGCUACACUACUGACGACGAAGUCCCUAUGGAACCCACCACCAGCUGGGGUCAGACCCUGGUGCGAGGCGGUGCCUCUCUCGGCCGAGCCAUCGGAAACUUCUUUGGUGUCACGGAUCAGUCUCAGUUUGGGACGGUGGAGCAGGCAGGCUGGGCUCAGGUGGGGCCGGCAAGUGCAGAAGAAACCUUCUCCAUCGGUCGCCGUCUGUCCUUCCGCACCGGUCUGGCAGAAGAGCCACCCCCCGAGUACCCAGGUCCUCCGUCGGUGACAGUGGCUACAGGCGGAGGUCGUUCGUUCGACCCCGCCGAGCUGAGUGACAGCAGCGAGGAGGAUGACAACCUGUUUGUUGCUGCACCUCCUGACUAUCAGGACGUGGUCAGUUCGGAGCGUCCUCCUGCAUUGCCCCCUCACCAGUCAACAGUUGUGAUGGCAGAGGUCCACUCCUCGUCCCACCAGGUCCCCAACAGUGGCGGACAGCAGUUCUUCUCACAGAGUUCAACCGCUGCCCUCCUGACUCCGCAGACCCCUCCCAUCACCAUGCAACAGUACCCUCCUCCCAGCCGGCCGGCCCAGCAAACACCGGCAGCAAGAUCAACAGACUUCAUCUACGAUCCCACUGAUGCUUGGAACUACUACCUAAAGUUUGUGAAGGCCGAACGUAACCUGAGGCAGCGGAGACACCACCAGGGAGCUUUCGAAUUCUUUGGAAGUGUGAAUGCCGCCGCUGAAUCAAAUGCCAACCCCACUGUGGAUGAGGUGGGUCGUCGUGGCUCCAUCAGACGAGACCGGCUCGGCUCCAGCUCCGAACCGGUGGAGCUCCGACGUCACAAGAAGAGGAAGAAGAACACGAAGCUGCAACGGCAGAGCACCCUCGUGCAGCACAAGGUGGAAUCCCUCCCCUCGUUCACCCCCUGGUUCAUCAUCGUCAUGAGCUGCCUCCAGAUCGUGGCGCUUAUCGUCCUCAUCUCCAUUAACGGAGGGGUCGCCCCUAUUCGUGGCACUCCCAUAAGACACUCUGAAUUCUUCCCCUCACUGCGGUCUAACUCCACGAAUGCCACCGAGCGCGUCACUUACUUCGAAGCGGUUAACCUGUGGAUCGGUCUGCCUCCGAAGGAGCUGAUUCGAAUUGGCGCCAAGUUCACACCAUGCAUGCGCCGAGACUUUGAGAUCCGCGACAGGAACACGGAGUUCUACGGCGACAACGAGGACACCAUCGGGUGCUGCAAGAACCAGGACAACGUGGGAGACACCAUCAGGACCCAGGACUGCUCCUGCUUCUCGGGGACCGUCAAUUGCACCGUGAACGAGGGGAACCUCUCCGACAUAGCCUACAACACCGGUCCCUGCCCCGCCGGCUCGGCCACCUUUCACCCCUGCUGCGUCUCCAUCACCGGUCGGUGUCUGGUGACGAGCAAGGAGGAGUGCGACGCACGCGGUGGGGAGUUCCACCUGAACUUCGGCAGCUGUCUGGAGGUGAACUGCAUGGAGGAGGUCUGCGGGUUCAACGGAGCAAGCGUGGGAGCCGACUCGGGGACCCCCUACCUCCCGAACGCCAACCAGUUCUGGCGGUUCUUCCUGUCCAUCUUCAUUCACCUCGGGGUGAUUCACAUUGUGCUCAUCAUGCCCGUCCAGCUGUACAUUGGGUUCAAGAUCGAGCGGACCAUUGGCUGGCUGAGGACGGGGAUCAUCUAUCUCAUUGCUGGCGUGGGAGGGAAUAUAGUGAGUGGGGUGGGAGGAGAAGGGUAGGGUAAACAUGUGUGUGUGAACAUCUGAAACGGAAAUGCCUAAGUCCCUGCUCACAACACGUACUUGCUGGAGCUGGCAACACGACACAAUGUGAAGUCACACAACGUUUCAACAUCACUAUCUCUUCUCUGUGACAUUGCACAGUGUUUUCAGAGGGCCAAACGUGAUGUAAAUCCAAGCCAUAUCAUCCGCCCGGUGACUUCACAUCGCACUGUGGGGUCCAACAAACCCAUUGUGAUGAUAUUGGGACCAAAACUUUCAGGUUUACAUUUACACAACACACACACACACACACACUAUCACACUCGUAGGUGAGCGGCAUUUUCGUUCCGUACGGUGUGAAUGCCGGGGCGUCUGGAGCAGUGUUUGGACUCAUUGGUGUCCUGUUUGUGGAGCUGUUUCAGUUCUGGCAGAUAGUGGACAGGGCUCCCCUGGAGCUGGUCAAACUGCUCGGCUUUGUCGUUUUCCUCCUGGCCCUCGGGACCUUGCCAUUCAUCGACAACAUGGCUCACAUUGGUGGUCUCCUGUUUGGUGUGGUGGCGGCCAUAAUUUUCGUCCCGUACAUCACGUUUGGUAAACUGGACGCCAUUCGGAAGCGGAUUCUCCUGGCCAUAUGCGCCCCGCUCCUCUUCCUGCUGUUUUUGUCAGGACUCACCACCUUCUACCUCAUCCCCAACCCCUCCUUCUGCCCCGAAUGCGGCUACAUAAACUGUUUCCCUUACGGCCCAACUUUUGCCCAGAGGAGUACCGAAACGCCAGGACCGAGGUCUAUUCCCUUUAGCCUUUCAUCACCGACUAUACUUAGUCUCUAUAAUAUGAUAUUGCGUGUGUUGUGUGUAGUCACUCGACUCCAUAUCAUGUCUGUAUAAAUAUUUCACCCAACUAACAACAGUAAUGUUUAAUUGGCGGAUAUAUAUGCAUUUCUGGUGAUGUGGCAUUAAGAAGAAACUACACGUCUCACAUGAGACAGCAAAUUAUUCGAUGCAAAGUUUAGGACUUUCUUUGCCUGCUCCUGUAAGGCCAGCUGGUGCUCUUUAUACUGUCGUUCUGGUGUUGUCGUGAAGUCUGACAUAUCUUAUCACCAUUUUGGGCAAGAACUCCUGUAAUUUUGGUGAGCUGGCCACGCCCCACUCGACGAGCCUGCAAGAGACGAGACACGAUAAGCUGGGAGGGACGGGAGGCUGCAAUUGAGUCAACUCCUCAGAGAUGGUGCCAUCAUACAGCUGAUAUCUUCGGGAGAUUAUGUCGUGUGCCGUCUCCCCGAACCUGUUUACCAUGUCGAGAUGGGCUCCGUGGUUCACCAACACCAGAGACAGCCCUACAUAGAGUGUCCAGCUGGUACCAGACAUAGAGCAGAGUCUGUGAAGUGGGGUGUCCCCACUAGGGGGACAUGCCACAUUGAUUACUUCACUUGCACCCCAUUCCAACAGUGACUCCAACAGAUAGGUUGAUGGAUAUACCAUACCGGUGUAGAAGACGCCCCUUCCCAUAAGUGCCCAGAGCAGGGUCUUCCCCUCUGGAAGAUAGAGAGCUAGGGACACAAACCUCCUCCCCAGCUCGUGGCAUCGGCCUCGCUCUGCCCUGUAAUGCGGCUCUACCGUUGCAUUGGGUGUGAGGGGUUGAUUGAUGACAGCCAGCCAGCCCUGGAAACAUCGAAACAGACUGGACAGUAGGCUCUGUGGUAGAUCUUCUUCACACCCAAAUUCUUUUCUCAGGGCCCUGGAUUGCUCUUGGGUUUGGUUGAGGACGUUUAGAAGAAACUCAGUGAACCUACAAAAGUCUGGGUAAACCACGGACCCAUCGCGUCUCCUCAAUGAGUGGAGGAUCAAACAUUCCAAGCCCCACCUCCCAACCUCUUCGGCCACGCUCUGUGGAAGCAGAUGACCACGUCCGAGAGACACCAGCUGGUUCUUCUCGUACAGCUCCAGAGACUUCAUCAGGAUCGCUUGUACAGCACUCCACACGGCUCCGACGUUAAGACCUUGAGCCAGCCAAGAAAUGACUGCCUCUUCGUUGACUUGUCCACCUGAUUCAAAGGUGUGGAUCAUUUGCCAGAGGUCGGUCGCCAGUUUGGACAGCUCCCAGAACAGAGAGGGAUCCCGAGGGCCCAUGCAUCUCUCCAACACACGCACAGAGUCGAGGUAUUUUUCAAGACUAGCAGUGCUCCUUCCUGGGUCUCGCGCGGAUUUGAGCAACUGCACGUCAUGCCAAACUGACUCUGAGAUCUCGUGACACUUUUUGAACCGCUGCAAAAUCCCCUCAUGGUGGUAGAAGGCUGCGAGGUAGAGAGGAGAGGGCACGUAGCCCUCUUUAUCCAAACAGCUUUCUACCGUAGAAGGGGGCACUACCCCACGCUCCAGAAGUUUCUCCGCAGUGUGAGUUCGACCCUUCAUUGCAGCCACAUGGAGUACCGUAUAGCCCUCGGGAGUGGUUAGAGAGACGUCUGCACCACCUUCCCCCAGCAGGUAGUCCGUCAGCUCAAGGUGACCUCGGUCGAUGGCUACGUGCAGUGGAGUCCAGCCAAACGCGUUCGGAGCAUCGACGUCAGCUCCGUAGCGUUCCCGAAGGAGACGUACGACGUCAAGGUGAUUGUGAAAGACGGCUUCGCAGAGAGGAGUGGCGCCCGUACAGUCCCUGAUUUCUGUCGAGGCUCCCGCCUCCAGAAGGACUCUUGCUACCUCAGUGUGCCCGAGCAUGGCCGCAGCCGUCAGCGCCGUGCAGCAGUGGACGGCGGACGACGAGUCGAAAUGGACGGUGUCCGCGUAGUCGACGUACUUGGGCGCGGGGUAGCUACGUACAACGUACCCCACAACGUCCACAUCACCUUUGAAAGCCGCCUGGAUGAAGGGUGACGGUCGGUGUGGGUCGGCUCUAGGAUCUGGGAAGAACAGAGCGGCCUCCAGGUCACUCCCGGUC